AUGGGAAAAACGCUCACAACUUUGAUGUUGGUCUUCGUGUCCAUGGCCGGCUGGAUGUUCGGUGCUGACACGGGUUCCAUCGGCGGUAUUACGAGUAUGAGAGACUUUCAGUCGCGAUAUGCAGACCGGUAUGAUCCGGUUGCCGAUACAUAUUCGUAUUCCUCAGCCCGUCAGGGUCUUCUAGUUGGUAUGGUAAACGUUGGUACAACAAUCGGUUGCUUACUUUCUUCUCCCCUGGCUGAUCGCUUCGGUAAAAGGAAAUGUAUCAUGGGCUGGGCUUUGGUUUAUAUUAGCGGUAUUAUUAUCCAACUUACCACGGUUCCUUCUUGGGUUCAAAUCAUGGUCGCAAAGAUCUGGACUGGUCUUAGUAUUGGAGCUCUUUCCGUUAUUGCUCCAGGAUACCAGUCUGAAUCUGCUCCUCCACAAAUCCGUGGUGCCAUUGUUACCACAUACCAACUUUUUAUUACAGCCGGUAUUUUCAUCGCUGCAUGUGUCAAUAUUGGCACACAAAAGCGUCAAGCAACUGCACAAUGGCGAGUCCCAAUCGGUAUUAACUUGUUAUGGGGUAUUUUAAUGUUUUUCGGUAUGCUCUUUUUGAAAGAGUCUCCACGUUACUUGGCAAUGAGAGGGCAAAACGAACAGUGUAUGCAGAUUUUAUGCCGUAACUCUGGACUUACUCCAGAUCAUCCUCUAAUCCAAAAGGAAUACAAUGCUAUUCAAGUAGAUGUGGAAGCUGAAACUGAAGGUGGUCCCUGUAGAUGGAUUGAGAUUUUUCAAAGCCCCAUCCGCUACCGUACACUGCUAGGUAUGGCAGUUAUGUCUUUCCAACAACUUACUGGUAACAACUAUUUCUUCUAUUACGGUACCCAAGUGUUCCGUGGUACCGGAUUAAACUCUCCCUUCUUGGCUGCUUUGAUUCUUGAUGCUGUCAACUUUGGAUGCACCUUUGGUGCCAUUUUCGUCCUUGAAUACUUUGGUCGUCGUAACCCUCUCAUUAUUGGUGGUAUUUGGCAAUCCAUCUGCUUCUUCAUCUAUGCCUCUGUUGGUGAUCGUGCUUUGACUCGUCCUAACGGAACCUCAAAUCAUCGCUCAGGAGCUGUCAUGAUCGUCUUUUCUUGUCUAUUCAUUUUCUCUUUUGCUCAAACUUGGGCUCCUGCAGCAUACGUUAUUGUUGGUGAAUCUUAUCCCAUUCGUUAUCGUUCCAAAUGUGCUGCUGUAGCUACAGCAAGCAAUUGGUUUUGGAACUUUCUAAUUUCAUUCUUUACACCAUUUAUUAGCAACAGCAUUGGCUUCAAGUAUGGUUACGUCUUUGCGUCUUGUAACCUGACAGCUGCUAUUAUCAUUUUCUUCUUUGCCAAGGAGACGAAAGGUCUUACACUGGAAGAAAUUAAUCAUCUAUACAUUUCUUCCAUUAAACCUUGGCAAAGCGGUGCUUAUAAGCGCAAUCGCGAUGAGGCGAGUAAAAGGGAAGCAGAAAAACCUCGUGAACCGAAUUCCAAAUUUAACGAAUAUAUCGAGCAUGGACCCAAUACUUAUUCUGAUGAGAAUUCAGAGACAAGUCAACAAGUUCAUCCUCAGCAGGUCACGAAUCCUGUCGGUCUUUAA